AUGGAAGCACCCAAGCCCGCCAUGACCACCUCCACCCAGCCCCAGGCUCUCCAGAUGAACAUGUCCAACCCCCCCGCCCGUGCUGAGCAGACGGAGUGCCAACACAAGGCUUCGCGUAUCAGAGGCGGUGGUGCUGGCAGGGACUGCUUCAUGGGCAUGAUUGAGGCUUUCCUGUGCUUUGAGUGCUGCAAGGACUGCUGCGAAUGCUUCGCGGAUAUCAUCUGCUGCCCGUGCGAGAUGUGCUGCUAA